AUGAGACACGAUCGCAGUGGCGGCGGCGUCCCGGCUGGAGGGAGCGUGCUGGACGGUGAGGAUGUUGUCGGUGCGGGAGGGGGUCUGCACUCCGCCCACGCUGAUUUCGCCACCACGCUAGUAACCGAGGCAGACGGUGACCUUCUCGUGUCGCCGUUGAUGCACUUCUUGGAGGAUGAAGAGAUGUUGCGCUAUGUUGCUGGGCUGCUGGACCGCCGUCGUCUUGACGAGGUCGCAUCUGCUGUGGAGGCUUUCGAGCACACUUUGGCAGGGGACCUGUCGGGGCCUUCCAACGGGCUGAGUCGUGCGGUGAUCCUUCAGCGCGACUACGUGCUUAGCGCUCACCAAAGUAGGUCCCUUCAUGUGCUUAUGAGGUCGAGCAGUGGCGCGCAGAGCCCGAUGUGCCGCCACCGUGCGUACGCUUCCACGCCUGUGUUUGCAGGCGCUGUCACAGGAUGUGCGAUGGUAGGCGCGGUGGCCGGCAGCGACGUUGGGAUAUCUGCGCAGGGCCGUGACUGCUCUCGUGCCGCUCCUCAUGGUUCGCAUCUCCACUCAGGCGGUGACAAGGAGACCGCAGCAGCGGCGAUGAGAUCAGCGAACCCAGGCAACAUUGACACAGGCUCGCCCACUUCCUCAACAGCGGCAACGGCCUCCUCGUUAUAUCUGACGUCUUUGACGACACCUCUGUGUGACGCCGGCGGCGGUGGUGCAGCAAUGACUCAUCAGUCCGCUGCGCAGCAGCGUAGCGGCCCGUUGCGCAGCUCCCUUGACGCAGCAGGGCCAGGCGGCUCUGCCUCGGCCGCGGCUGCGGCGUUGCAAGGGAUGGAGGAUGGGCCAGAGGGGCACGCUGCCAGCACCGCCGAGGCCGCGGUGGCCUCCGCGCCGCCGCCGAUCGACUUGAGGGGUUUCUGUCUCGCCGUGCGCCACAACGUGUUCGCCAACUACCGCACUCUGCCUGUGCACUGUGCGCAGCGGUUUUAUGAGCAGCUACCGGUGCGGUACCGCGCUGGUCUUGACGCAAUUUCGGCCGAGGUGCUUCAGCAGCAACAGCAGCGUGACCAGCGGCAGGGCAGCGCCGACGUGGUCAGCGCCAGCGAUGGGGCUGCCAAUAUUGCAGCAGCGACAAGCAUCGGCGGCGGAGGCACUGCGAGCGUGAGCCACCCUCGCAGCCGGCGCACGGAAGGGUCUUCGGCAGGCAUGCCAGCAGCUUCGCCAGGCGCCACAGGCCACGUCGCGGAGGGCUAUCAUGACCCCGUCACCUUCAUUGGCAUGGGCUACUACGGCACUGGGGGUCGUGGCGGUGGAUGGCCAACCACUAUGAACCUCUCUGGGAGCAUCGGUGCAACAUCGACGUCGACAACUCCGGCUGUGAGCCCCGGCUGGUUAAGCAGCGGUGGAAGCAUGCGCCCCGAUACGACAGUGUUUCCUUCGCUUCCCUUACGCGCCAUGGAAGAGCGAGCGGCAGCGGCGAUGGCGUUUCCUGGGUCGGCCACCACAAUCCCCACGGCACGAGACGCCGCUGCAGCGGGGCUGCCGGUCCCCUCACUGCCGUCGUCGUCACCGACGUCUGCGGUGACCACGACAUCGGCCACGGUGUACGACGCAGCCGCAGGGACAGGGCUUGUCUCCAGGGCGGCACUGCUGCAUCACGUCCAGCAUACCAUUCAAGCCUUCAUCGCGCGUGGGGAGCGGGAUGUGGCGCUGCACUAUAUCAUGGCCACCGCCCCCUACCGCUUCCCUGGCAUGACGGACAGUGACCGUGUACUAGCAUUCUUCAACCAGAUUCGCCUCUUCCUUCCGUCCCCGCGCUUUAGCAUUGUCAUGCUGGCGAUGGAGGCAUGGCGCUCCCUAUACCGACCGAGUGUCGGCGCAGGGGCAGCGGACUAUACGCACAUGACACACGAGCUUCUGGCGCUGAUAGAGACGUACCUCUGUUAUGGGCGCACGUACGCCGAGUACGUCUCAGGGCUGCUCAUGCUGCGAGCGGUGUUGGCGCUGGCCAUGGAAAACAGUACUCUGUACAAUCUCACGGCGGCGGUGCUGCUGCAGCACAGGUCUCUUCUGCAAGGCCGCUUGCCCACCUUCCUGCUCGCAGUUUGGCUGAUUCUGAUGGAAUUUUACACUAUUGACGACACCGUUCUGCCACCACGACGAGUGUUGCGCGACCUCGCCGCUAACGCCAUGCAAGAUCUCUUCACAGUCGCCCUGGAGCUGCACAUGGUGCUGCUCGUGCAGAACGUCAUUGCCAACGCUGUGAACAUCUUUUUCGCAGGCCCGCAGCCGCAACCGCAACUUUGUCUCUCUCCGCUAAUCCCCGUGUGGCCCGGUGAGGCCGCUGUUUCGCCGGAGGUGAGCCACCAUUCUGGUGCUAAGGUGAGCAACAACAGCAGUAGCAGCCUUCUCAAUCUCAACACCACGGCGACACUACAGCCGCCGCAUCGCUUGCCUGGAGCUGGUGCGGCCUCGGUGGCGACGACUGCUUGUGUCUCUGUCGACCCAACCGAGACCAGCCUAUCGGCGCUGCAAACGGUAGCUACCACAUCCGCAUCACCGGCUGUACGGACGCCAACGUUCUCCUACCGCACCACCGCAAAGUCGAUGUGGAGCUCUGUGAAGCGUGCUGCACGGCGCCUCGCCCAUUCAACAUUGGUGACGUCGCUGUCACCAGCGCUUGCCACUAUUGCGACUGUCGACGGCCGCCGCGACGCGGUUGAAGCUGCUGGGGCGACAUGCAAUGGACUCGGUGGUGCGUCGGGGGGGCCGUUUGCGCCACCCGCUUCGGAUCUCCCUGGAGGGACGGCGUCAGGGCGCCCCCUAGCCACGCACAGCCGCCCGUCGCCGCCUCUGCUGAUUGAAGUGGUCGACGACGUUUUCUGUGAGUCGAUGGAAACUGACUCGGUAGAGCACGCGGAGGCGGCUGUGCGCUUGAUGGGCAGUGGGUCGCAGCAUGUGCAGCUCUCAACAGCCUCGACAGCUGCUGGCUGUCACGGGCUCGCGCAGAGCAGCAGCUCACCCUCUUCCCAGAUUGCUCUCCAGGCCGCCGUCACGAUCGCUACCGCAGGCGGAGGUUGUGCUACCAUGUCGUCACCGUUGCACGCACUUAGGCAGCCCAGUGCAACCAGUUCACCACUGCUACAUCCGGCGUCGUGGGCGCAGCGUCGACACCAGCGACGCAACUUCAGCGCCGCAGCUGCCGCGGCCACGACGCUGGGGCUGGAGUCGCCGUCAGCGUUCAGCGACGUGCUGUGGGACGACGUUCCCCUCGAUGGCGCGAUACUCAGCCGGGACGCGCUCUGGACAUUACCGCUGGCGCGCGCUCUCCGUGCUGCUGGCCGGCCCCAGACGUUAGAGGCCACUGUGGCGGCGUCAACGCUCACUCUGGGAGCAUUUCUGUGUGCGUGGCGUAUUGCAGGUUUCUCAGAGGAAACGACUUCUGACCAAGUGGGGAGCCACGCAUUGCGGCAGUCGAACGCAACGACUACGGUGACUGAGGCCUCACUUAGCUUCAACCCCGCCGAGGCCUCCACCCUCCCAUCCGGCGUGGCACCCAUACCGCGCCACAUUGACCUCGCGUCGUGUGGAAUCGGACUGGGCGACGCUGACUCAUUCACCGAGGGUGUUGUUCUUCCACUCUUGACGCUGGAUAGCCUCGUCACGGUUGCGGACUCUGGCGUCCAGGCGGGUCGUCGAGACUCUCUUGCCGAGCCAGCCUCGCUGCCGCACCUGCCACCAGUGGCUGGUGGCUCGGCAGCGAUGCCAUGUGGUGUCAGCGCCGCCAGUGGAGCCAUUGGGGCCUCUACAGGUGAUCUGGACAAGUCGGUAUCGAUGUUGUCAGCGACGAUGGCUGCUCUCGCUACCCGCACCGGGGCGCCGCGGCGCCGAGGAAUGCUGCUGGCAUCAACCGCCACCGAUGCGGACCCCGAGUGGCAGAGUGUGGAGAGCGCUGCGACAAACGUCUUCGUACCUCCUGUGGCGGGUGUGGCGCCCUCUCUCUCGGUGGCCUCAGGUACCGCGACAAGGGCGGCAGGGGGUGAGGUUUCGACUGCCACUCCCGCUCUGGUUACCGACACGGCGACACUGCUUGCGGUGUCGCCGCUACUGGGGCCAAGAGCAGGGCCGUCACUCUAUGUGGGACAUGCUCCAUCAGCCACAGCUGCAGCGGGUGGCAGCGAUGGCGACCACACGAGUGCGGGUGGUGUGACACCACCAGGGGUGUCACGGGCUGCAUCCACCGCAGCACCAACACCGGACUCCGUCUUCUUUCAUGACAGUCACUGGAUGGGUGGAGGCCUGCAGGGCGCAGCCAGCCUUGCGGCGUCAGCGACGGCAUCAAGACGCCAGAGCGGACUCCCCACUACCAUGCCGACGCCGACAACGGAGUCGUGCAGGCCACGUGUUUCCCCUACAGCCGCGGCGGACAUUAGCGCCACUGACCGUUCGGACCCACUGGUGGGCGCGCGCGGUUGUGACAAUACGCCGCUGGUCCCGAUGGCAGCACCGACGCCUGCUGUAUCUUCUGGUACGGCGAAUGUUCAGCUGUACGCGGAAGGAGCAGCCGCGCAGACGCCGUCUCUCGAUUUUUUCUUGCCCUCUCGGGUCGCGGCACGAGUGUUGGAGCGCUGUGUGCGUCCAUGCUGGGACGCCGCAGGCUCUACCGCACUGUCGUCGACACCAGACGGUGCGAGGGGGGCAACGAGGCACACAGGCUCCGUGGCAGUAAGCAAGGAAACAGAAGUCCUCCUCACCAGCGUGGUGCCACUCCUAUCGCAGUACUACGUGGGCGCGCUCUCCGCCAGCGUUGUGACGGUGGCGACGCAAGUGCUCGUGAACCGUGCCAUCCAAGCAGUAAAGUCCUUGUCGAAGGAAUUACUUGAUGGCAGCUACCGCCUCGGGGCCAAUAGUCAUGGCGGCGCACAUACAGAAGCGAUAUCGAACGCAAACUUAGGCACCCCUCCGCCCUCUUCCUCAGCAUCGCUCAAGUGUGACGUUGCCCCACGUUCAUUACCCAUCGGCGGCUCUCUCCAUGGCCCUGAGUUACCGCCAGCAUCGCCGCAGGUGGCAGCGUCAGCUGCUACCACUGCUGCUGUAGCCACCACACCUACUCCCUUAACGCCAUGUGCCUCGCCUUUUUCGGCAUGGCAGGCAGAGGAUAGCGCCCGCAUGGACGGAACAGAGUUGCUGAACGCAGUUCUUUUCACAACCACCGUGGCGGGGCGCUAUCCUGCUGUGUACGAGCGUAUCGUACGCCAGAGGCUUUACCCAUUACUCCACCGUACAUUGCUGCUGCAUAACUCCGCCGUCGAGGAGCCUCAGCUGUGGCUUUCCAUGCCCCUCUCCUCCGCAGCGGUGGGAGCGUACUUCAACGGCGGUGCCCGAGCGGCUGCAGUGCAGUCCCUGGUACCGCAGCGCCAGCGGUCUAGUUCGCUGCCCUUAUCUCCUGUCGCUACCGCUGCUGUGGAGGACGAGGCCAUUAUCCAGCGAAUGCGUCUGAUCACCGCCCGAUCCAUGUAUCAGCGCCUCGCAAUGCCGGCGCUAGUUCUCCUUUCGCACAACAUGCCCGAUGAUGCGUGUGCACGGCGGUGCUACCCACUGGUGUUGCGGCUGGCGCAGCUGGGACUGCGACGACCCUUCUCGAUGGCAUCCGUCACUACAGCAUUGUGCAUCUGUGCUGUGUACCCGCCCCUCUCCCGCGUGUGCCAGUCCGAGCUGGCGCGGGCCAUGGCCGUCGUGCUGACAGCCCCAGACGACGGGCUCAGUGACGGAGACAACGACUGUGCCGACAACGCCACGGCGAGAACGGCGUCGCGGGAGACAGAGGCGGGUGGUGUAAGGCAGGCUCAUUACUCUCGUCGAGGACCACCGCAAGCUCAGCCCGAAGAGGUCCAGCGAGGGACUCGCGAGGAGGGGGUCGUUACGAGCAAGCCAGUUGAGGCGACUCGGGGUGCAGCGCAGUCGCCUACAUCUCUCCCAGUAUCUGCAGCAGCAGCAGCGUCUCAAGGAUUGCUACCCUGCCUCUCCUCGCGUCGCGCCGCCGGGGGAGCGGCCCAUCCGAUGUGGAGGAGUCCGAUGAACUUCCAACUCUUCUUCCCUUUCUCUUCAACGAAUGUAGGGCAACUGCGCCUCCCUGCGGCGUCGGUGCGAGCUGCACGGCGCCGGCAGGCAGUGCAGACGCGCCUCAUCAAGUACCACUGCUUCCGUGCGAUGAGUCUUUUUUCCAGCAGCUGGGAGGGCACCACCCUCUUCUUCCUGGAGGUGUGCCUUCCGUACCUGCGGCACCCAGAUGCGCAGCUGCGGCUGGCGUGUAUGCAGUGCUGCAUGCGCUGGUUGCUGUCGGACUGCUGGCGCUCGCCGAACCAGGCAGUGCUGCAUCACCACGCCGCCACGCCGGCCGUCAGCGCGGGCGAUACUGCUGCAGCUCCGUCGACAGCACUGACGUCGUACCGCGGAAGCGUGUCGGCUGCCGUCACUCGUGCUGCAGUACGUGACCCGCGCACUACCGCAAGCGGUGGGGGCGUCGCCAAGGGUUGUGUACACGGGGCAGCCGCGCUGCAGUGUCUCACAACCCUUAGCGCGCCGGCUGUGACACAGACAGGACAGGCCUGCAAGCCCUAUCAUGCGCUGCCUUCUCAGACAGCAGCGGGCCUUUGGAGUGGCAGCCCGUCGACGUUGGACGAGGGAGCGGCGGCGGUGGCAGCCCCCAUUGCCACAACGCGAGCGCUAACGAUGUCAAUGGGCACUGUGCAGCAUCAUGGACGCACACACGUGAACGCUCUGCGAGAGGUGGUGCACCACUUGGUGGAGCUCGCUGUGUGCGAUCCGGAGCCGCUCAUCCGGAAGUGUGCCCUUGAGAGUCUCUCGCCGGAGACUUAUCCUCUCCUCUAUCCCCACGAGCCCUUCGUGCAUCAGCUGUUCGUUGUGCUGUGGGAUGGCUACAUGCCCAAUCGAAGCAAAGCGGCCCAGCUGCUCUGCGCCCUGGCGCCGCUGAACCCGCCCUCUAUCUUUCCCCGCCUUCGCCAGGUGCUGAUCCAAUACACCGAUGACUUGACGAGUAGCAUUGCGCGGUUGGCAGCUCCUUCCACGCGUGCAAAGCCAGCCGUGGCGCCCCUGCAGACAACCCCAUCCGGGUUCAUCCAUGAGGACGCGCUCUUCGUGUUAUCUCAGGUUUCCUCCCGGAUGAAGCAGUCAACGCAUCUCUACUUGCCGCAGCUGCUGUCGAUCGUGUCGUCGGUGCUGCGCAGUGCGUCGUCACCGCGCGGAUCGGUGUUGCGGGCGUUGCAUUUCCUCGUCGCCUUGCGUGAGGACAGCACCGAGGAGCAGUCAGCGCUCUUUUCUCCCUUUUUCGACCUCGUUGCGCAGCAGCUGAUCGACAGCGACGGCGACACCGCACGGCUGCUGGCGACGGUGGCAGCACUGCAGAGCCUGCUGCAGCAGUUCACCGGCUCAGCGCGCUGCUCGUCACAAAUCCUACCGAAGGUGGUGGAGUACCUGCACUCGCUGCUGUAUCGCAAGCCAUCUGUUAUGAAGGAGUUCACCAUGGCUGUGCUGCAGCUUCUAGGCACAAUCAGCGGCAUUGAGCCCUGGGACGCGGAUGCGGCGCCGCGCGCACCAGCGCUACUGCGACGACCGCAGAACCGUUACGCCUUACCACCGCUCUCCUCGUCGACUGGUGUGCUGGGUUGUGGCCGAGCCGCCCGCUCACAGUGGCUCGACAGAGACGAGAGGGCCGACAGCGCUGCCGAGGCGCUCGCGCAGCUGCAGAAGGCCGACCGCUUUGCACCGUUCACGGCGCAGGUGUGGUGCGACGCGGUUCUGCGGGCGCUACUGUGCACUGUCUCUGCAUACGUGAAUGGGACGAUGAGCCAGACACAAGGAGGCCUGUGCGCGUGUCUGGCCACCAUCAUGAAUAUCUUGACAAACACCGUGGCCAUUCACCAUCUCGAGCUCUACCUGCCGACGGUGCUGACGCUUGUAAUCGACCUCCUCGAGAAGCAGCAGACGCGGUCGCGCGACAUCGAGACAGCGUAUGGCGUGCCGGCGCACAAACCUCAUUCGAGCAUCGCCACCGGAACGGACCGCGGGGAGGGUGCGGCGACGGCAGUGUGGCUCACGGAGGCAGCGCAGAUCAGCGACUCCUCUGAGGCGAUACGGCUGCUCUUCUUGCGGAGCCUGUUCGACCUGGUCCUUGUCGCCGGCCGCCGCAUUGGUCCGAUGUACCCGCUGCUAAAUGUGUUUCUACGCCGCAGCUGGAAGACGAUGUCGCCGCGCAGCCUUGUACAGUGCUGUGAGGUGCUUGAUGCCCUGUGUUGGGCAGUGCCGGACUUGCUGCGCGAUGACUGCGACGUGUGGAUCCCAUCGCUGCUAGAGGCGCUGAUUCAGUACGACACGCUGGUGGUGACGCAUGGCCACGCCCAUGAGGGGCCUCCAGACAAUGCGCCGGCUGCCGCUAAUGCAUUGAAUGGUGCUAUGGGAAGCAGCGCAGCCGCCGGAGCCGCUGUUACUCCUACAGAGGGUGGGGCAGAGGCCCCAGCAGCUCUGGCCAACCCAUCGCAGAACUUCUCGGCGUCGGCGAGCUGUACGAACCCUGUGCGACAUGGGAGCGUCGCUACUGAUGCAAACGAUAGUACCAGCCCACUGAAGAGGCUCACACCACCGCCAUUGCUGCACAACGUGGUAGCUGUUAAUGGUGACGAGUCGGCACCGUGGGGUCAGCAGCUGAAGCUCGUCUAUCGAGCCUUGACCCUGUGCCUCACAUCGUUGCAGCCACUUGUGCCACAGCUGGUGAAACGGCUCGUGGCGCUGAGUUUGUCGGAGUGCCUGAAGUCGUCGCACGUGCCGCGCCGCGACGCGGUGCGGCACACCGCAGCGCCGACGGCAACAGCCGCUCCAACGGAUAGCCGCACAGGGCAGUGCAGCGGCUUAGACGCUGAGCACAGCGCCACGCUCGCUGCAUCGACGUUCUCCCCGUUGCACAGCUUUUGGCCAGCCACGGGUAUCACCCCGGCGUCGGGUGUUUUUGAUCUUAUGGCGGACCCGCACGAGGAGCUGAUCUCCUUCGUGAACGCGUGUGUCUGCACACCGCUGCUCGAAUAUAUGGUGCACAGUAACCUCUCCACCAUCUCCAUGAAGCUCGUCAAAAACUUGCUCGCACGCCUGGAGUCACUGAGCGCCGUCCACGAGGAGGCGCUGCUGCGGUUAUGGGGCGCCAUGGGCCGGCACUCCGCGUCGCUGCUGUCGCAAACCGAUGGCAGCAGCGGCCUGUCCGGGCUGCCCGAUUUAACGAGCGGCACUGCUGCCUGUCCGGAUGGCGGGGUUUGCUCGCUAGCUGCGCCGGCGCGCGCGCAGCUGGAGGUGAAGUUACGCGAGGUGCGAGAGCAGCUACAUGUGCAGCGAGCUCGGCAGCACGAGGAGGAUAGCGGCUCGGCGAACAUCAGUGGCUGCAGUGCUGGUGUCUUCCCCUCGCUGACCGCCUUUUACGCAGUGCCGCGAUCGGCAAGCGAGGCGCUGUGGUUCAACAACGCUGCUCUCAGUCGCAUGUGGGUUCAAAGCGCCGACCGUGCGGUGACGGUGCGGCGCUACUUUCCGUUCGACGCGGUGCACACCUCCUGGGAAACCGAGGGGGAAGUACAGCUUCUGGGGUGCUUGCUUGUGUCGGCUGCGUGGCACCACCCACCGUCGACGACUGCGUUCGCGACGACGUUGCACACGUACUUUGCGCAGCGCUUUGGUCCUGACAGCGUUGCCGUGGCGUACGUGCGCUGUAUCUGCUCUAGCUACUACGACCUCUGCAUGCCACUCACAUCUGAGCAUGGUGAGGGGAUGGCGGUUAAAUGGGCUCUGCAGCAGCAGCAGCAGCAGCGAGUUGCAAUCACAAGCUCUGGCAGUGAUGUUGGUACCGAAAGCGACAACUCGCCCACCGCUGCGACACAGUCGACUAUGAUGUCCGGACCGGGGCUCUAUAAUGCCGUUGGCCAAGUUACGCAAGCGGGCAGUACCGACGCCAUUCUCCGUCACCGGUGCUCUCCCCUCACCCAAACAGCUGCGGCAAUGACGCCUGGGGAAAAGAGCGCCGCUACCCCGCCGAGUGGUGGUGCCGUGUUGUCGGGAUCGUUUGGCAUAGGUCGCAGGCGCGUCGUCAGUUCGGAGAACAUACCGGCUCUUACCAUCGGGGAAGAAAGAGGUGCAUUAAUGCCCUCCGUCGCUGCGAUGGCCUUCGCUGGUGCCUCACGUACGCACGUGACGGUUCGAGGGGCUCAAAGCAGCAGCGCAGCAGCCUUGCCCGGCUCGAUCCCGGCCAACACCUUUACCUCGUGCGGAGACAACUCGAUCAACAUCGCGUUAGGGCGCCCCAUGACGGCGUAUCCGAGCAUGGACCACCUCGACAGCAGCAGCGAUGGACCACGGUCAGCUGAGAUGAACACGACGGUGGGCUUCUCAGACCACGAUGAGGAUCCAGACGACAACGGGCGAAUGUGGACUCAUUCGCACUCUAGACGCCUCACGAGAAGCAGCAAUGGUAGCACGAUGCCACACUGGCCGCACGCCAGCUAUCAGCUGCAGCCGCAGGCGCAGUACCCGUUGCCGAUUGGGACGGCCUCCUCGACGCCCUUUUGUGGCCCGAACUCCCUCCCUCGCACCGUUACGGCACGCAGCACCAAUGGGGCAGAGACGUCGCCGUUGACGUUGCAUGACCCCAGCCCCAUGACGAUCACCCUGCCCAUCCCCGUCGAGAUGGGAGGCGGCGGUGCCUCAUUCGACAACUACGUGAAUACCUCGGUACCCGCGGGUGCGCCUGCCCUCCGCAGCGGAAGCGGCAGUGGCUCCUCGUUCUACCCUGGGAGCUUCUUCGCAAGCGCCGUUGUCGCGGAGGGACGGGCUAGCGGCGACGACAGCAGACAUAGUGACGUCAUGAACUGCAGUCCUCACCGCCACCAUCCACACGCCUCGCUGGACGCGGGUGGCGGAGGGUCAUCAGUAGACAUGGAGGUGGCCUACUGGCGUGGCAGCAACGAGGCGAUGCUGCCUACCCACACGCCGGUAGGCAGCGGCACUGGAGUGAGGCUUACAACCCCCAUAUAUCGAUACUUUCAGCUUCCCCAUCCGCAGUCGUUUCCGGCAGGACAGUCGUACUACCCCCGUCCCAUCAGCAGCGGCACCUUGCCGAGUGUGACCCUUGGUCAGCAGCCAGCAGCUUCACCGUCAGUCAGUGCGGGGAUGCUUACGGUGGGUUCUUUCACCGCCGCCUCGAUCGGCCACCGCAGGAGCUUGCUCGGACUUUCUGCUUCGGUCUUCGGCUCUGCCGGUAGCGCUGGUGGAGGGGCAUCUGGAGCGGCUGGCGGGCCCGGCGGGAUGCCGCCACGAUGGCGCUUCGCGUCAAUCGCAGCGUCUGUCAGUACCAACGAUAGGGCGUCUCCGAACAGCUCUACGAUGCCGCCGUCUGCUGGUGGUGGUGGUGCUGCCGGUGCCGCUCUCCAUCCUUUCGCUGUUCUUUCCAAUGAUGUCACAGCGGUGCCGCCGCCGCCGCCGAGGCCGAAGCCUCUCUCGCCUCUCUUUUUGGAGGCGGGUGGCACAUCGGCUGUGGCUCUACCAGUUGCAACCGGCGCGGCGCGUUCGACGCCGCCCAUGGCUAGGCACCCGCCACCGCUGAACACAGAGGUGUGCUUCACAGCAACCGCGCAGUCGUCUUCUGCGACUACGCACAUGAGCCGUGACGCCCCGACCUAUCCGUUUGCCGAGGCUGUUUCUGAUAAGGUCAGGAAAGAAGCGACCGCAGCAGCGACGUCCCCGUGCGUGGCGAGUGGGAUGUCGGAAGCAUGUGUGGCUAUCGCGUCAGCGCACGAGGCUGGCGAGGUGGCGCACCACAACUCACUCAUUGCGUACUUUGAGCUUCAUCGAUAUCUUUCCGGACACGAGUGGCGCUCGUGGUGGGAGCAGUUCUGUCUCUACAUGCUGCAGUGCAGUUCAGACUACUGCAUUCAAGCCUGUGAACCCUUUGCGCGCGAGCACCACACCGCCUUCUAUUCGGAGCUGCUACCCUUGGCUCUCUUGUCCACGCUCCCGUCCUGCACUGUGGCGGAGCUCGUCGGGUGGCUUCGGGCGCUGCGCGACUUCUAUGCCUUCCACACCGACCCGCGCGCACCUGUACCGCAGCAGGUCGCCACCGGGGUGGCCCGUAUGGCGCACGACCUCCGUCUCUACCACCACACAUUUUUUCCGCCAGGGGUGGUGUCGCGGGUCGUGGACGUCUGGCUGCCGGACAGUGUCGUGGCGGAGCUUGCCAAUCGCUCCCUCAACCCCCCACUGCGCAUCCUGUACCUGGAGCAGGACUUAGCCCGCUCCUUCUCCUGGGGAUGUGCGGCGCUGCUCAUGGUGUCUGCCGAUGACUUGGCCAGCGCGGCGGAGCAGACGCUAUUCGUGCAAGACCCGCGCUUCCAGCGGUGGCUCAGUGAGGUGGCGGCGACGACCUCAGAGUCGCGGAGCAGGGGCACAGCGGCAGUUGGGCUACCAGGACGGCGACAUCACAGCUGCAAGACUGCGAGGUCUGCGGCAGCGGUUGCUAAGUCGCCCUUGUCGUCGGCCAUUGACAUCCUGCCUCCGUCGGCGCUGGAGCUGCUUGGCUUCCACCGCGCAGCCGCACUCCAGUAUGUGCGGUUGUACGAGGAGCAGCAGACGAGCGAGCACUGUGACAGUCACCGCGGCGCGGUAGCAAAAGGGGACGAAGCCGCGGAGGGUACGCCAGCGCUAGCGUCGAAGGGCAUGGCGACUCGUCACCACUCAAGCGCCGCUGCUGCUGGGUUGAUUGUCGGGGCAAUGCGUUGUCACAUCUGCCUGUUCGACUUCGAGGCGGUGCUGCGACUCUGGGAUGCCGCUAAGGGCAAGGGCGCUGCCGACACGGCCACAUCGAUGACGAGCUCGCCUCCGCCUGUAGUUACUUGCGGUGAGGGGUCCGACAGCGACAGCGGCUCAGCCGUGGUGCGAGAUGGCGCCAAACGGAUUAGCUCAUGUGUGCUGAGUUCUAUGACAGCGCAGUAUGCAGUGAUGUCAGCCCAGGCUCUUUCUCGCUGGGACUACGUUCAGGAAGCCGCCUACUACGCCUUUGGCCGCGGUAGCGGUGGUGGCCUUCCCUGGCCCACCGGUGCGCCACACGCUGCGCAGGGACACCAGCACAAGUCGUGCGGGUCUGCAACACAUUCUGGCGUGACGGCACGCGACCAGAGGCCGCCGCAGCCGCCAGGAAGCCCUCGAGGGUGGUCUGAGGAUGUGGGGGAGGAAGGGCACCCCCAGGGAUCACCGGACGACAGCCUCUUGUUCGACUUACCGUCUGCCCCUGGCGGCACGGUCGCGCUCCGAGCGGCAGAUUACACCCGUGAGUCGCUCCUGCAGAGGCAGAUGGAGGUGUUCGUUGGCGCAGCGCUCGUGGCGGCGCACGAUUACGACGGCGCAAGACGGGCCUUGGCUGCCGUCCGCGACGGCUUACGCGACUCCUACGCUGUCUUCCACACCGAUAACGAUCGCGUGAAGCUCGAGUGGAGCAGCAUCUUCCAACAGCUAUCCGACCUGGAGGAAGGCAUGCACGCGCUGGAGCAGGUGCCGGCAGCUCAGGAGGGGAUGGCUACCGUUUCAGCAAGCUCAGAGACCGGUAACACAUCUGCGGCGUGGCUCGGCUCGGGAUCGCCAGCUCUGGAUCGCGAGAUCAACGGUAAGCUCUUUCCCGAGGCGACGGUGCGGCGUCUGCGCAACAUCGCGUGCAGGCCUGUUUCGGACACCACCACGAUUCUGCAGCGCUUUAUGAUCAUCGCCGUCCGCAGCGCCAUCGCCCCUGUUACCUGGCAGCUUGACAACGUCCUCGCCUUGGGGGAGCGACUCGAGAAAGCGGGUCAACCCAUGCGCGCUGUGCAAGUCCUGCACCACUACGCUAGUCUACCUACCGUCGCCAUGUCCUUCACGGCCGCGGCGGUGGAGUUCAAGCAGCAACUAAAUCUGGAGAUGCUGCGCCGCCUGAUUCGCAACUUACCUGGCGAGAAGGACCUACGCGAAGUGUAUGCCUGCGUGCAGACAGUGCUGCGACACGACUUGUGGCUGACACGUCGCGCCGCCAUGCGGCGGGUGAGUGUGGUACCGCCCACCUCCCCAUUUUUAGCGUCAUGGUGCGCCACAGAUGCGUUCUUGUCGCCGCUGCGAACUCAGCUUGAGAUGGAUAGUGCCAUGCUCACUGUACCGGAGCUCGGUGCGUCGCUGACGCAUUACCAGGUGGAUUUACUGCUGCUAAAUAUGGCAUGCCGGCGUCGCCUGACCCAAGUGCUGUUGCAUCGCGCGCAGCUCCCACACCGGCCCUCAGUGGCUAUUGUCAAUUCGGCCAUGUCAGACACGGUAUGGCACUCCACCAACACGCUCGCUUUCCCCAUCGGUGUUGGUAGGCCCCCUCGAUGCAACAAAGCGGAUAUCAUCGAGAGCGAGAAGGUCGUUGACGUGGAGUUCCAUUCCCCAGCAAGCUUGUCCAUGACGCACAAGCUUAGCGACUUUCCAGCGACGGCUGCGCCUUCGUUGUCUGACCGGAGUGGCAGUGCUUCCGCAGCAGCAACGGGCCGCACCAGCGACGAUGCGAGCUGCCCCCACGAUUCCGCAGAGAGCCCGUGUGUAGGCAGAAGAGGUACUCCACAGGUGCGGGAGCGACGCGCUAAGAGUGUGGAGGCAGCGACUACCCCAAUGGAGGAGACAGCGGAGAAGGAGGAAAGCUACCUGUUGCCAGAAAGCCUGGCAGGGAGGACUGCGCUGUUUGCCGAGUACUACCUGCUCGAGCACGCUGUCGCAGUCACCCACUACGUGCCAUCCGUAUGGAGGGAGUUUGGGCUUGUCUUGUUUGACAUCUGUCUGGCUAUUCACGCUGAGUGGAAGUCGACGGGGGACGAGGAGACAAAACAGAACUUUCUGAUGCAGUCCGCUAAGGCAAUUCAUGGCUUACAGUUUGCAGCGCAGCUCUGGCGUAGUCGAUCAGAGUCGGUCUUCAGCCGCGGUAUCGGCCCCUUCCCCUCCACAAUGCUGCGUCGCCACGGGCACGCCCGGACGGCGUUGCCAUCGACCCACUUGCUCUUAAAGGCGCUGCACCUGGCAGUCAUGUGCGAGGUCAUUGUACAGGACGACGCGAGGGCUGCCGCAGCGAGUGCAAAAGCCGCAACAAAUGUGGCAGCCAAAACGGCGGCGGUGCCUUCAAGUCUGUCGCUCUUUUCUUUGCCUCCAUCCUCGUCAGCGACACGGUCGUCCUCGAUGAGUGCCGGCAGCACGACUGUGAAGGACGCAGCGGAGGGGAAGGCGGAGGAUGGCACAGGAGGCGACGGCGGCGGCACCAUUAGCUCAUCCACUACUUCCUGGUCCUUGUCUACGAGUCAGCGCACAGAGAAGCUUCAAGCAGGCAUGUGUGAUGCGGAGGGGAUGGACACGGAGACCAGUAGGGACCUGAGGGCCACCAAGAAGAGUUUCAACACAUCAGAACGGUCUUCUCCAGAGUUAGCUGCGCAGCCACAGUCGACAGCUGCUGUCGCCGUGACCCAACAACAGCAGGGUGGCUUUGCCUGCCUGGACUUCUCCCCUGCCUCGUACGUGCAGUGGGCCGCCGUCUCCCCGUUCCUGCUCGCAGCCGCUACUCAUCACCGCAGCCUGUACGAGGCGGUUCGAGACAUGUGCGUGCAGUCGCGCGACAUGCUGCGCCAGCUGGUGUUUCCACUCAUCGCAAUGUUCGAGCACGGAUGUGAGGCCAUGCUCGCGCAGCAAGUCAGCCAACCGUGCAGUGACCGAGUCACCACUAAUGAAGAGGCGCCUACGAGAACGGUAGCGAUGGCGACAGUUUCGAGCCGGCUCCCCUGCGCCUUUGCUGGCUCUGUGAGUGAAGGACAGGAGGGUGAGCGACAGGAGCAGUGGGGAGGAUUUAACGCUUCUUCACGAGUGUUGGAGAGCGAGAGCGACGACAAGCGAGUCAGUGGCGUCGGCUGCACCACCUUCACUGAUGCGUCGUCGCUGAUGGACCACCCAGGGGAGGCGAGGAGUGACGCCAGCGAUCCCAGUCUGAUCGCGAUGCGCGCGGCAUCGACUUCGGUGAUGGAUGUGGCCGACAGACGGCACAAGGGGAAGCAUAGAGUUGUCGGCAGGGCUUUGUCAACCCCGUUGCUGCCCCUCCAUCCCGCUACCCCCGAUGCAGACACGACCCCGCUCGGUGGCCCAACCCCGUCUUAUAGGGCGUUGGCGUCGGCGUCGCACCACCUUGUGUCUCCACUGGUGCGACCGCUUGAGGUGGAGGAGCGAAUGGUGCACUCGUCGCUACUUGCCGACGCGGCAGCCGCCAGUCCUGGCCAUCGGCGACUCAUCCAAGAGGCCUUGCAGAUGCGCAACUUUGUACAGGGGUCGUGGGAGGUGCUAACGGCGACACCACGAAGGCGCAGCUCGAUGGGGGCAGGGCCAGGGCAGGACAGUGCAGACGCUUUGUGGACGUCGUUGGGUGCUGCUGAGGGAGCACCGCCUUCAGCACAACGCGCUCGUGAGGAGGCGAGUGAUGGAGGUACUUUGCAUAGAACCGCCAGUCGCAAAGGCGCUGCCUCGGGAUGCAUUACAAUCGAUGGCACGACUGGCACGCAUGGAGAGAUGGAGCUGCUCUUGGACGGUUUCUGCCCCUUGCCUGUGCCAUUGUGGCUGCUUCCCAGCGUGUUUGGAGUGGGGUUGAUGUCAGGGGACACUGGUGGCAGCAGUACACACAACAACACCAGUGGAGAUGAGGGUGUAAGUGACGGAAAAGUCUACUCCAGCGGUGUCAGCGCCGGACCAGAUGCGGCGGCUCGAGGCCGCCCGCACAGCGGGCAAUCGGCCGAGCUGAAUGCGCCUGCUGCCGCUGCACCUGUCACACAGACGGCCGGAUACCGCGGGAUGCAAGGGGUCGAUGGUAGCAGUGGAGAGGCAGCCCUGCCUCGGUCGUCUGCGACCGGCCUGCCAGCUUCAGCUGCAACUGCCCACGGCCAGCGUGCCGCGCGUAGCACCGCUACGUUCGCCGUCAACUUUGCACCUGCGACGGUGCCCACCAUAAUGUAUGCACGGAGGUACGCUGUCCCGCAGCCGGCCCCCCAUUGCCCAUACGAGGAGGUCAUCUUUGUGGUGCUGUCGGACGGCUUGGUGUGCCGCUUCCGCCAUGCAGCCCCAGCGACGAUUACUAAUAUUGGAGAGGUACACGAGUGUGACACGUCAUGUGGCGCAGCGGACUUGGCUGGUGUGCCGCUAGGUCAAUUGGGGAGAAGCGGUGCUGCUUCGACUGACGCUGCUGCGAGCGAUGUCCUCACACCCAGUGCACACACUGGGGCAGGCCGGUACGUGCUUCCCGACGCCUUGAUGGAGCAGGUCGUCUCCUUACUCCUCGGUCACCUUCCCUUGACACAUCUCCAGCGACCGUUUGUGUUGCCGCUCGCGGUGCAGGAUUGCAUGACGAUGCUGCCAGAGCACGGAACGUUGCCGCUUAUCCUCGGAGCCGCGACAGCUGCGGCAGUGCGGUCGGAUGACCCACAGGGGUGGCGGCAUGACAUGGCGCUGCUACUCGCCCAGCCGUCUGACGCAACUCGUACGCCGCCGUCACUGUACCACCUCAUGGACGACUACACAGUCCACCUCCGCGUGCGGGAGAUGGCUCUGGCAGCGCAGGAGGCUGCGGAGGCCUACCCCGCGCUCGAUAUGGACGCAAUUCGGAUUGCCGCAGAGACGGGCCGGCGCCCCGGCGUGUCGGCAGACAGUACCUACCCGUUCAACUGGGCCUACGGGUAUCCGGUGAGCGCCCCCCUGACUGACGAGGCGGCGUCCGCACUGACGAACUCACACACGUACUGCGACCUCGUGCAACGGCGCCGCCUGAAUGAGGAGCGCUUUGACCAGCUUGUCGCCGCGGCCUACGAUGACGGCUUCGUUGGGCCACUCAUCGUGUUUCUUCAAGACAUGCUCGCCGCCCGACCGCCUCCGCCGCCCCCGCCUGCUCCAGCGGCACAAACUGAGGAGGUGUCGCAAUCCAUCACCUCGGCGGGCACUGCGGCGACGACGACAUCCGCUUUUUCGGCCUCCUCGCUCGCACCAGCGCCUCAGCCUUUCCGUUCGCCAGAGGAGACAUUCUCGCUGCAGCAGCGUCUCUACGCGUAUGCGGCUAUGCUGCCUCGCCCAGAGGCGCACUUGCGCAGUCUCCUGGCAGCUGUUUUAGCAGCUGUCGCAGUCAGCGAGGAUACCUUGACGAAUACAUCAUUGCCACCCUCGCCUUCGUCAUCGUCGUCGCCUGCAGGGGUGUCUGUCUUCAACCGGAAGAAGCAUCACUCUGGUCACCGACUGGCCGGCACUGCCACGCCUGCUACUCACGUCUCGGCACGUGGCUUGCAGGAAUGUCGGCUCGCUCUCUUCCGCUUAGAGAGCGCUCGUUGUAGGCUCGCCUUGAAUGAUGCGUUUAGCGCCGACAGCAGCAACGCCAGCCACUGGCUCGAGGCGCGCCGCACGUAUGCGAAAGAGCUGUCCGAGUGGAGUGUGAUUGAGUACCUCCUGGACAUACACACCCGCGAAUGUGGCACGGUGCUUGUGAACACUUACAAUGGUCAUGUGGCGGUACACGCCCUGGGGCGGUACUGCCUUCAGCCGCCGCCACGGCAGAGUCGCGUUGUAUGCGCAAAACAAGCACCGACAUAUGCGGCUCACAUCGCCCCUCUUGUCGCGAGCCCGUUCCCGACGCAUGACGCAACGCUGUUCCGCUUGACCCCGGUGUUGGUGGCUGGCCUCCCCUUGCAGAGUCCCCACGCCGCUUUCCAGCACCACGCCAGCUCCGUACUCUACGAAAUAUUUCAGUACGUGCGGGAUUUGACUGGCAUUUCCACCUACGGGGUCGACCCCGUGACGGCGUUAGCGCAUGCCGUGCCUUCGUCACCGUCGCACACCUCCUCGACCGGCGCGUCACUCUCGCCAUGUACACCUACAGACUUCUCGACUACCGCGAGCGGUGACGUCAGCGCUGCUCUGCCGAGUCGUUAUGCGGGACUUCGACCAGAGAGCGGUUCUGCAUGUGCAUCGGGAUCGGCGAACGCCGGUGUCACCACGGAAGGCGCCGCGAAGCGGAGCGCUGCCACCACGCUACGACGCGCCAACGCAAAGGCCGCUGUUGCACCGGAAAGCAAGCAGCACGAGGCCCCGCCGCCACUCGAGUCACUGGUCCGUGUCCCCACCACCGCAGCCUCCACCGCACCCUCUUCCGCCUUCGGUGUCUCUCCUGUACGUGGAGCGGCGCAGCUUCGCCCAACUUCGCCGCUCGGCGAUGCCGCCGACACUGUAACGCUGCCUCCGCCGCCACACUGCUUUGACUCUAGCUCUUUCCGGUUGAAGCUAUCGUACGAUGCGCUGCUCAUCCUGCACGAAGAGUCCGAGCGCAGUGGGCGGGUAGCCAUGCUGAGCUUGUUACGCACCCAGCGGGAGGCUACGCAGGCGGAGUGGCUGCGCAUGGCACCAGCAACUCCGUACCAGGAUCGAGACAAAGAUAACGCUGUGGAGGCAGCGAUACCGGCCGCAAGCCACGACGCAGUGGGGGAAGGGACGGAGAGGAUUCCGGCGUCCGCUGCAUUCAAUACCGGUGACUGCAAUGACGACGAUGAUGACAGCGCUCCGCGCUUGGGGUCUGCAUUUGAGCUUGUUGCCACCAUGAUCGCGGCGGCCACGGAUGAGGAGCACCUGCUUGGGGUCGACAGUGUGUGCCCCCACACGUGGCAGCGGUGGGCACCGCAGUGGUAG